GACACCAGCGGGGUUAGACUCGAGAAGAGCACGCUGAGGCUGGAGAAGCUGCUAUCUGCCAAAACUUUCCACAUGCCUCCAUGUCAAGUCAGCGCUAGUGCCGUGGCGCUGGUGGAUCUGCUGCACGAGAGCCUGGAGGAGGCGUGCUGUAGCAGCGCUCAGUACGCCGGUCGUCUGGUGUGCACUGUACGCAACUUGCUCACGCUGUACCUGAGCGUGGCACCUGUUGCGCAUGCGCAUACCCUCGACACCAUACCCCAACAUGCCGCCUUGCUUCACAACAACAGCAUGUACAUCGCCACACACGCCUCUCUGCUGGGCCACCAGUACAAGAACAGACUGCCUGGCCCCCUGCGAGACACAGGCUCCUGUGCCCUGACGUUCACUGACCUAGCGUAUGAGAUCAGGCAAGCAGGCAGCGAUGUGUUCUGCAGAGCCAUGCAGGCGCACAAGAAGGCGCUGCUUGACACCAUCGCUCAGGCACAAGGGUUCGGGGAAGUGGCAUCAGACGUCGGUGUACGACAGUGCCUGCAGCAGCUACAGCAGCUACGUAACGUGUGGCACGGCGUCCUGCCUCGCUCUGUCUACCACAAGGCUGUCGGAACUUUGCUGAACUCGGUGGUGAGGGAGCUCAUCGACAGGACUCUGAGUCUCGAGGACAUCUCCGAGACCUCGGCUCAGGCUCUCUGCGCUGUCUUUGUGCUGCUGGAGGAUGGUGCCCCCAGCCUCUUCCCAGUCAGUAUCCCAAAUCUUCAAAAGUAUCCUUAUGUACCUUCCGUGUUAUCGGACGAGCCACUGAGCCGUCACGUGCCAGGCUCCCCUCCUGUGACGAGGGAAGGACUAUGUGGCGUGCGUCUGUGGGGCAAGUUCCUCGAGCUGAAGGUGGUGCUCAGCGCGAGCCUCCAGCAGCUGGAAGAUCGCUGGGCGGAGGGAAAAGGUCCCCUGGCCCUAUACUUCACGCCUGACCAGGCCAAGGGUCUCAUCAGGGCGCUCUUCCAGAACACCGAGAAGAGGGCGCUUCUGCUCGCCAAAAUUAAGAGGCCGUCUCAGUGAAUGUCGUAGUUUCCUUUGAUGUACUCUGAGAUACUCUGUCCACGUCAACAGGCGCUCGAGUUUCCGUUGUUAUGAAUUGACUAUUAAAUAAUAUCGGGUGUCAUGCAGACAUUGGUCAAAGAGCUGUAACUACCUUUAGCUGAUGCUUCUUGAUCACAAAGCCACAUCUGAGCAAUUUUGGCGUUUGGAAAACUAAACUACGAGUAGUUCACCAACAACUACGUCCUCUGCUUGGUGCAGAGUCGCCACCCACUUUCGAAAAUGGGGAAAAAUUAAUAACAGAAAGACAAGAAACGGACAUCCCUUAAGAUUUAACUGGCUAAUUACCUGUUACCCCGAGCUUGGGCCACUGCUGGGUUCAGCUAUACUGACAAUCUCCUAAGGCACACUAAACUACGACCUUCCCAGCAGGAAUGGGCCGCUGAUUAGAAAAUAAGGACAAAAAUCUUUCACUGACUGGAGAGAGGCCUACAGACAUGGUAAACUGUCUGGGAAACCCCGCAAACAUGGUGCACCGAAAAGCUAUACCUCCAGAGAGAUGGGAACACUGACCGAAAAAUUUGCCAUUAACACGGUACACUGACUGAGAUAAGGCCCAGGUAUCAGAAUUUGAAUGUACAUACACUUGCCGCUCAUGAAUUUUAUAAUUGAGCCUCGGGCAUUGUCAUCUUGAUUUCAGGGGCCGGAUUAUCAAAACUUCGUAACUUUUUGUACUUACGACGAAA